AUGGUUGUGGAGUAUACAGCUGCUGCUGCUGCAGCUGGAGAGGAAUCAGCAGUGGUCACAGCAGGAAGGGAAUCAGCAGCUUUUGUAGCUGAAGAGGUGGCAAAUGCUGUAUUGGCCGGCAGGGUGGAUGGGCUGAAUGGUAGUUUGGGUGAGGCGAAUGGUGGUGCAGAUGAGCUGACCCAGCAGGCAGGCAAGCUGGGUGGCCACGGAGAGAAUCAGACAAGGCAAGAAGACGGGCGGAGUGGGCAGGUAGCUGAGGCGAGGGGCCAAGUGGCUGGGCCGAGCGAACAGGCAUGCAAGCUUAACGCGCUGGAAGAAGGAGGGUGGACUCAGCAGGUGGAUGGGGCUGGCAGAGGGGAGUCUGAGCGCUGGGGAACGCAGCAGCCGCUGGGGCCGGUCGGGAGGGGGUCGCCUGGAUAUGAUGUUGUGGUGAGAGCUGCAAGCGUGGAGUCGGUUCAGAAUGGAUACUCAGACGUGGAUGAGCGAAAACAGAGAGGUGGAGGGAAGGGAGUGGAUGGAGGCAGCGAGAGAGGGAAAAGCAAGGAGGGAGGUGGAGAGGGAGAGGGGGUUGGGGAUAGGGAUGUGAAUGGAGGCAGAGAGAGAGGGGAAAGCAAGGAGGGAGGUGGAGAGGGAGAGGGGGUUGGGGAUAGGGAUGUGAAUGGAGGCAGAGAGAGAGGGGAAAGCAAGGAGGGAGGUGGAGAGAGAGAGGGGAGCAAGGAUAGGGAUAUGAAUGAAGGCAGAGAAGAAGUUGCUUGCAGUGACACAGAACAGGGGCCUGGAAUCGAAGGUGAUUGUAACGGGGUGUUACUGAAUGGUUGGGCUGCUGAUGAAACAGAUCAGGCUGUUGCUGCUGAGGGUGUGGGGGGCGGUGGUGGUGAAACAGCUGGGGCAGAAACGACGCAUGCAAAGGCAAAGGCAGAGGAGGCAGCAGAAGGUUUCGAAACCGAAGUGGCAGAAAGUGCAGUGGGGCGAGCAGCAGACGUUGCUGCGGACGAGGCAGCAGAUGGUGUGGCAGUCAUAGAAGCCAUUGUAUCACCGGGGAGAAAGGCAACAGAAGCAGCGCAGACAAUGGGGGCAGGCGCGGUUGUGGUAGCUGGUGCAGGAGGGGCAGACACGGGUGGAGAAGGCGCAGAAGAUGAAUCCAUAGCAGGAGCAGAAGAAACGGCAGCAGACAGUGAUGCAGGAGGGGAAGCAGGGGCACAAUCAGAUGCAGACACAGAGGGAGAAGCAGAGGCAGGUGACGAAGCGGAGACUGCGAGUGGUGCGCCCUGUUCCCCUUCCCCCUCUCGGCAACGAGCGGCCACUGGAAGCUUCCGUGACUUCCUGGACUCCCCACCUGCACAUGGGACAGCAGGGGCGGGCGGGUUAGGAGGGCCAGCAGGGCCAGCAGGGCCAGCAGGGGCAGCAGAGUCUCAGCACGGGGGGCAUGGCCCUGUCGUGGAGUCUCCAGAGAGGCAGGGCUCACUGGACUUUGCGGCUGCGAGUGUGGGAGGAAGGGAUGCUAGUGGAGGAAAAGCGGAAGGGGAGAGCAUCAGUGGAGUGGAAGAAAAGCAGGGGACUGAGGGAGGAGAAAGCGGUGGGUUCGGGCCUGCUUCUGUCUUCUCUCCUGCUUCUGCCUUCUCUCCUGCUUCUGCCCGCUCUCCUGCUUCUGGCUGUUCCCCUGCUCCCGCUCGCUCGCCCGCGUUUCCUCGUUCUGAGACUGUCCCAGCGCCCUCCUCCCUCGACUCCCCUGCAGACGAGGAGGAAAGGACGCCCAGAGGCCGGAACCACACAGAGCACUCCUCUGCUGCAGGCGACUUGUCAACCAGCAACACUGCAGCAGCAACAGGAGCAGGGGCAGCAGUAGGGGCAACAGGAGCAGGAGCAGCAGUAGGGGCAGCAGGAGCAGCGGGUGGCAUUCCAGUGAAGGACCUCUCCUCGCGUCCCUGUGACCUCUCAGUGGCUCUGCUUCGCACCGUGGCGUCUGUAUACAUGAGGCACGGCACGCACGUGCCGCUGCCUCCCGCCUUCUGGGAUGAGAGGGGCGUGAACGUCUCAGGCCUGCACCAGGGGCUCAAAUCCCGCGCCCCUGCCUUAGAUCCCGCUACUCAGGACUCUGGCGGCGCUGGCCCUCCUCCUGCCUUCACUGCUACUGGCGCUAACAAUACCGGUGGUGGACCAGCUGGUGAUGCGGCUGGGUCGGAGGAUGUGGCGAGGGCUCCUAACAGCAGCAGCACGUCCGAAGGAGAAGAGGCUUUCAGCCCUGAUCAACCCCCAGGCUGCAUGGCCCUCCAAGACUCUACAGCAGUCAAACCUCAGCAAUGGGAGAUAAGUGCUGAAGGGGAGCAGGGGAAUCCUCAGGAGAAAGCCCAGCAGGCGGCCAGUCCGAAGCUGUUUCGGCAGGCGUCGGAGCAGGGAGGGGAGAGGAGAAGCAGCUGGAGGCGAAGUCUAGGGGGGCUAGGAGGUCUGGGAGGGAGUUUGGGAGGAUUGAGUGGGGGGCUUGGGGUGAUGGCAGAUAUGGCUGCCGCCUUCCCUCGCCAGGGCUCCGUGAACAGUGCGCUCAGUGCCAGACGCAGCCAACAAAUGCCGCCCGGGCCAGGCUCCGGUCGUCCCUGGGUAGGAAGCCGAGAGGGGAUGGCGAAGGGGAAGCAGGGGAAGGAGCAGGGGAGCGAGAUGAUGCAGGAGGGACAGGAGGGAGGGGAAAGGCAGGAGCAAGAGAAGGAAGCAGGCCCACGGCACCAGAACCUCUGCAACCCCUCCUCUUCCAUUGUGAAGCCAACCCCUGCAACGCCCUCCUCCCUGCAGCGCCCACCUGCUGUGACCCCUCUGGACACUGCCUCACUGCUGUCUGACUCUGACUCCAUCUCCCCCCUCGCCUCCCCGUUCGCCCCUGCUGGCGAUGUGGGCGAGGCGAAAGAAGUGGCGAGAUCAGUGAACGGAGAGGAACCAGGAGAGGAACCAGGAGAGGAACCAGGAGAGGAACCAGGAGAGGAACCAGGAGAGGAGCCAGGAGAGGAGCCAGGAGAGGAGCCAGGAGAGGAGCCAGGAGAGGAGCCAGGAGAGGAGCCAGGAGAGGAGCCAGGAGAGGAGCCAGGAGAGGAGCCAGGAGAGGAGCCAGGAGAGGAGCCAGGAGAGGAGCCAGGAGAGGAGCCAGGAGAGGAGCCAGGGUUCAGACUCUGA